CAGGGACAUGACGGCUUCGUCCUCGUCGUCGGGACAGCUCCUCUCUGCAGUACCAUAGUCAUGGUGUAUGCAAAGUCGAUGGAUACAGUCCGUGUUAGUCCCUCAUCUUACUCUCCAUCCUACACAUAUCAGAUGUCCUUAAACUACUCGGAGAGGGACAACUCCACUGUCCUGGCUACCUCACCCACAAGUCUCCUCUGCAACCAAGAUGGCUGCUCCGACAGGGUGCAGAACACGACAAGUAUCUCCUACGAAGUCACUCCGGGUGAGGUGGCUGUCCUGGGCUUGGUGUUUGGAGUUCUCUGGCUCGUCUCCAUCCUGGGUAACGCCCUGGUCUGCCUGGUCAUCCACCGAAGCCGGAGGACUCAGUCCACCACCAACUACUUUGUAGUGUCGAUGGCCUGCGCAGACUUGCUGCUGAGCCUGGGCUGUGCCCCCUUCGUCCUGCUGCAGGUCACCUCUGGCAGAUGGCCUCUGAGCGCUGUCACCUGCAAAGCGGUGCGAUAUCUCCAGCACUUGUGUCCCGGUGUGCAGGUCUAUGUCCUCCUCUCCAUCUGUGUUGAUCGCUUCUAUACCAUCGUCUACCCCCUCAGUUUCAAGGUCUCAAGGGAGAAGGCCAAGAAGAUGAUCCUGGCCUCCUGGCUGUUCGAUGCAGCCUUCGUCUCGCCCUGCUUCUUCCUCUACGGUACGUCAUCAACAGACAGAAGCGGAGGUCACUGUGACUUUUUCCUCCCAAACAGCUGGGGCAGUAUAGCUUAUGCUGUGGCUCAUCUCCUCUUUGGUUUCCUGAUCCCAGCAGUGCUGAUUGUUUCAUUCUACCAGCGGGUGGUCCGCUACAUCUGGAGGAUCAGUUCUGAUGGCCACACAGUGCGCCGGACUAUGAACAUUGUUCCGAGGACUAAAGUCAAGACAAUCAAGAUGUUCCUCAUGCUCAAUUCCGUGUUCCUCCUCACCUGGACACCAUUCUACAUUGCUCAGCUGUGGCAUCCCAUGGAGUCUGACGGCCUGAGCCGGCAGGGGGCGCUGUUCUUCACAGCCAUCUCCUGGAUCUCUUUCAGCUCCACGGCAUCCAAACCCACACUGUACUCUGUCUACAAUGCAAACUUCAGAAGGGGCAUGAGAGAAACCUUCUGCAUGUCAUCCAUGAGAUGCUAUCGCGGCAACGCUUACACCAUCACGGCCAGUUCACGCAUGGCCAAAAAGAACUAUGUGGGGGUGGUUGAUAUCCCGGUGCCAGCAAAGACCCUCACAAAGGACUCUGCGUACGAUACCUUUGACCGAGAGGCAAAAGAAAAGAAACUGGCCUGGCCCAUCAAUGCCAACCCUCCAAACACGUUUGUGUAA